AUGUUCAAAAGUAAGCAGUUUAAUACACCAAAUAGUUCUUCAUUUGUGAAUACUGAUGAAAAUAUUCACAUUCAUCAAACACCGACAUUAUCUAACUACCAUCUUAAUACCUUAGAGAACCAAAGUGAUGAUGAUGUUGAAACAUCAUUUACGCGUCACGGAAUCCCUGCUCCGGCUGAUUUAGAUUCCGAAGACGAGGAUAUUUUUGACAUACGGCCUAAAAAGAUUAUAAAAUCGACUGUUUCACAAACAAUUGCCCAUAAAACUGAAAAUCUACUAAUGCCACAUCAGGCUAAGGUUGACGUAAACAAUACAGUGAAAUCAAAUCAACCGUCUUUGAUUAUUAACAACCUUCAACAGCCGCUCCCACCUGAAGAGUCGUCAAUUGCUAAUAGUGACUCUGAUUCUGAAAAUACUUCCGGUACUGAUACAUUUAAUGAAAUUUAUGAUAGUCAUUCGGAAUCAAAUGUUUCAAGUUUGUUUCAAGACGAAAAUGAAGCGCCUGAAGAUCAAUGGACCGACAUUUUAACUACCGAUGAAGUCUACUUUACACAAAAUGAAUUAAAAAGCGAAAUAAAAAUUCCACCGAAUGUGAUUCUAGAAGAGCCACUUGAUUACUACAAAUUAUUUGUUACCGAAGAGGUCUUCGUUAAAAUGGUGGCAAAAUCUAACAAGCAUGCAGCUCAGUAUAUAAGUUUACAUGUUAUAAAGUCAAAAUCUCGUUUAAAACGCUGGGAGCCAACUACUUUUAAGGAAAUGCAAAUGUUAAUAGGUCGAUUUAUAGUGAUUGACGAAACAAUGAUACCUUGGAAAGGACGGCUUAAUUUUCGCCAAUACAUUAAAAACAAGGCACACAAAUAUGGCAUCAAGCUAUAUAAACUGUGCACACCUGAGGGUUACACGUACUCACUAAUGGUUUACACAGGGAAGGAUGAAGAAAAUUCGGGGGCAGGUCAUGGGUACGAUGUAGUUCUCAAAUUGACUAAGAAUUUGUUACAUGAAGGUCGAACUCUUAUAGCAGAUAACUUUUAUACGUCGGUUUCAUUAGCCGAAGAAUUACUGAAAAGAAAUACAUAUUUAUGUGGUACCGUGAGAACUAAUAGGAAAGGGUUACCCAAGACAGUCAUAAGUACAAAAUUAAAGAAGGAAGUUAUUGGAAAUUAUUGGAAGAAUGAACAAUGGAGUCAAAAUAAUAAAAUGGAUGAAUAA